AUGUCUCCCAGCAACCGCGCCGCGUGGCUCAGGUCCGAGAAAGCCUAUCCCCUCGAAGUGGACGAAGCAGCCUACACCCCUCCCCAGGAGAACGAAAUCGUAAUCAGAAACCAAGCCGUCGGACUCAAUCUGGUCGACUAUGCCAUGCAAGACAUGGGCACCGCCCUCUUCCCCUGGUCGACCUACCCGACCGUCCUAGGCUGCGACGUGGCGGGCGAAGUCGUCGAGGUCGGCCCCGGCGCCCUCGCCUCCCGCUUCAAGCCCGGAGACCGCGUACUCGGCUUGACAUCAGGAGUCCGAACCAGCCGACCGGCUGAUGGAGGCUUCCAGUCCUACGUGGUCCUCACACCCCAGACCACCGCGCAGAUUCCUCCCCAACUAUCCUUCCCAGACGCCGCGGCCAUCCCCUUGGGAAUCUCCACGGCCGCAAGCGGUCUUUUCCAGAAGGACCACCUUGCCCUACAGUUCCCGUGCGCCCCUCGCGCCGCAUCCACGGGCCAGACGGUGCUUAUCUGGAGUGGCUCGUCGAGUGUCGGCAGCAGCGCGGUUCAGAUGGCCUUCGCAGCCGGGUACGAGGUCUUCAGCACGGCAUCGCCCAAGAACUUUGAGUUUGUGAAGUCCCUGGGGGCAAGUCAAGUCUUCGACUAUCGCAGCGAGACGGUGGUGGAGGAUGUGGUAGCGGCUUCCCAGGGCAAGCAGAGUGCGGGAGCGUUUGCAGUCGGCGAUGGCAGUGUGGAAUUGUGUGCGAAGAUCGUGGCUCAGGUCGAGGGCAGGAAGUUUGUUUCCCUGGCGGUUCCUCCGACAGGGCCGCUGGGGGAGGGCGUAGAGUCGAAGUUCGUCUUUGGAAGUGAUUUGAGACACAAUGAGGUUGGGCCGGCGAUCUUCGAACACUUCCUGCCACGUGCACUGGAAGAUGGCUCCUUCAGGUCUGCGUUGAAGGUGGAGGUGGUGGGACGGGGGUUGGAGUCGGUUCAGAGUGGCUUGGAUACUUUGAAGAAGGGAGUGUCGGCGACGAAAUUGAUCGUUGAGUUGUGA